AUGUCAAAGAAGGACUCUGGGGUAAAUUUCGGGACCAGGCUUUCAGGGCCACGAAGUGCUGCUGACCCAAACCACUACUGCUGCCCACUGACGGGUAGAUCCAAGAGGAUGUGCCUACCGAGGACUGCAGACCGGAGGGUGAAGCUGUGGCUCCCGGGAGGGCAGCUCACCCUGCUGCUGCUGCUGCUCUGUGCCCAGCACACACCCGUCAGGAGCCAGGCUGCUCUUAAGGUCGACCUUGAUUUGACCCCACAUUCCUUUGAUGAUCAAUACCAAGACUGUAGCGAACAGGUCAUGAAGGAGCUAAAUGAAGGAGACUAUUUCAUGGAGGAAAUAGACACCAAUACGUAUUACUCCAGAGUGUGGCAAAAAGCCCACUUAAGCUGGCUGAGCCAGGCCAACACCGUCCCUGAGAGCAUGACCCCUGUACACAUCGUGACCAUCAUGUUCUACACCUCGAAUCAUAAUGUGAGCUCGGACUUUGCUAAGGCCAUGGCCAGGGCUGCGGGGUCUCCAUGGCAGUACAAACAGUCAUUCCACUUCAAGUAUCUGCACUACUACCUCACCUCAGCCAUCCAGCUGCUGAGGAAAGAGAGCUCCUCGAAGAACCGCAGUCUGUGUUAUAAGGUAUACCAUGGGAUGAAGGAUGUGAACUUUGAAGCCAGAGUUGGGUCCACCAUUCGGUUUGGCCAGUUUCUUUCUGCCUCCCUGCUAAAGGAAGAGACGCCGGUGUCUGGAAAUCAAACACUGUUUACCAUUUUUACUUGCCUGGGUGUCUCUGUGCAAGACUUCUCUCUCAGGAAGGAAGUCUUGAUCCCCCCCUACGAGUUAUUUGAAGUCAUAAGUAAGAACUACAGCACCGGAGGAGACUUGAUAAGCGUGCGAUCUGCUGGGAACAUGAGCGCGUAUAACUGCCAGCUGCUAAAAGAUUCCAGCAAGAAAAGCACCCCUGCUCCAAUAGUUACUGUUUGCCUCCUCUUGGUCAGUGUUGUUUUCUCUUCCAAAAACGACAAGCAAAAGAGUCUGCUGGCUCCCUUUUAA